CAGACGACUUUCGCGCCAAAAGCUCGCGUAUCACGCUCUCGCCACGCGACUGAACUGUCGCCCGCUCAACCUACAAUCACCCAAUGAAUAUUUAAUUGAACCGAUUCCUUCGCCGGCGAAUCAAUGAACAACUUCACUGCCGCAAGUCAUGAUAGUAUUCCUGUUGACAUUAUCGCAAUUGGUGGAAAACUUUUCCUAUAAAAUGCCGGUUGGUUGAAUUUACAAACAUGAACUAUCAAAGAGAUUGGUGCACUUUUAUACUUUUCAUCAUAAGCUAUGCAACGGCGGCCGAUGAGUCGCUAUUCCCACGUUUUGUGGAACCAGUUCCAAAUGUUACUGUCACAGUGGGGAGAGACGCGCUGCUCGCCUGCGUCGUUGAGGACCUGAGGGGAUAUAAGGUUGCUUGGGUCCGAGUGGACACACAAACAAUUCUAAGUAUUCACCACAAUAUCAUCACUCAGAAUCCCCGCAUUAGCCUCUCCUACAAUGACCACCGGUCAUGGUAUCUUCAUAUAAAGAACGUUCAAGAAAUGGAUCGAGGAUGGUAUAUGUGCCAAGUUAACACUGACCCCAUGCGAUCAAGGAAGGGAUACCUCCAGGUUGUUGUACCACCAAUGAUAAUUGACAACAUGACAUCAACUGACAUGGUCGUACGUGAGGGCACCAAUGUCACCAUGGUAUGCCGAGCAACCGGCUACCCUGAACCUUACGUCAUGUGGAGACGAGAAGACGGCCAAGAAUUCAAUUGCAACAGCGAAUCGGUGAACGUUGUGGACGGAGAAAACCUUACCAUAUCGAAGGUGUCCCGUUUACACAUGGGUGCCUACUUAUGUAUAGCCUCAAACGGUGUUCCACCUUCUAUCAGCAAAAGGGUGGUGUUAAUGGUGCAAUUCCCGCCAAUGUUAUCAAUCCCGAACCAGUUGGAGGCUGCGUAUUUAGGACAAGAUGUGACAUUGGAGUGCCACACUGAAGCAUACCCUUCAUCUAUAAACUAUUGGACAACGGAUAGAGGAGAUAUGAUAAUAUCAGGUAACAAAUACAUCACAUCCCUGAGCGAUGACGGCUACAGUCGGAAGAUGAAUCUAGUAAUAAAAAAAGUAUCAGCAAAAGAUUUCUCGUCGUACCGCUGCGUCGCUAAGAACUCAUUGGGCGAGACAGACGGCCUUAUACGUCUGGAUGAAAUUGCAGCGCCGUCAACAAUUAGCACCACAGUCAGUUACGUCGCAACUUUUCCACAGAAGAAAAAAGGUAAGCACAAAAAUCGUUGGCGUGAUAGCUCAGCUGAGAACAGAGUCAUCGGGGACUACGAAGUUGAAGAAUGGAAAGAUAUUGAUUAUGAUUCAACGCAGUCUUCGAGGAGCAGUGCCGUGUAUGGAAGUACCCUAGUAAUUUUAUUUAUACUAUUUCUUAGCUGACAUCAACUAUUGUAAUCAUUUUCAGUGCCAAUAUUAAAGGAAUAAGCUUUGUACAUCGCUGAGUUAAAUUGUAAAUUACUAUACAUUUUUAUGUAAAUAAUUGUAUUGUUUAACUAAUCGCUAAUAUUACCGAGAUAUAGCACUCGAAUACACGUAUAUGAUAUAUAUAUUUGAUGUUCGUUGGUCUGAUUAGUGUCCCGUUUAAUAUCAUAUCUUCGCUGUCUCGAGAUUUAUUUUACCAAAUAAGAAGGUACAUAUUUGUCAUAAUUGUUAUGUCCGUAAGAAACAUCUUCGCGGUAACCUGUCUUAGACUUCCUUUUAUUGAUACUGUAAUUUGUCAGCCGGACUCAGAAUCCGUCAUUAAGGUUUGACUGUUACUU